CUUUGAUGUGCUUUAAAGUUUUCGAUCUCGGUUUCUUAUGUCAAGGUAAACCAACACCACACGGCUCUUUUCUGAAACUUUUGCCGGGAAAAUCUAUGUUGUGAUAAUAAAUCUUAUCAUUUCAAAAUGAUGUGACUAUUUGUCAAAGAAUAUGAACUCAAGACAUAAAAAUGUAGAAAAACCUAUAAUGGAUCGAUUUUAGUGUAAGUGUGAACUGAAGUGCUGUGCAAUGGAUUCGGAGAUCGAUAUCCAGAAUUUCCUUAACUGCACUCAGCAGAUUCUGGGUCACGACAAAUCACUGGAACACCUCAAUGUGACGCAGCUACUCGACCUGCUACCCAGCCAGAUCCUCGAAGACAUCAACCUCAAGGUCCGGCUCGGCAACUGCAUGGGUCUCGGAGAGCGGCCUUACAGCCCUCCCUGGUGGGGGCAACUGGCGUGGUUCAUCAUCUUCGCCAUCAUGCUGCUUCUAGCUGUACUAGGCAAUACACUCGUUAUUUGGAUUGUACUUGCCCACCGUCGCAUGCGAACGGUAACCAACUGCUUCCUAGUCAACCUGGCGGUAGCAGACCUUCUGAUGGCGACCCUCAACGGAGCCCCGAACUUCGUGUUUCUAGUAACCGCCCACUGGCCCUUCGGAGCGGCUACUUGUACUGCUAGUAACUUCACUGCCAACCUCACUGUGUCCGCUGGCGUGUUUACCCUAGUCGCUAUUACUGUUGACAGGUACGUGGCCAUAGUGAAGCCGCUGCAGCACCGACUGAGCCGCCGCGUCGCCCGCGCAGCGCUCUUCAGCGUGUGGUGCGCAAGCGCACUGCUUGCCUUACCUAGUCUGCUGUACUCUGACACGUAUAAGAAGAAGUACAUCAACGGUGAGAGGGAAAUUUGUUUUAUAAAGUGGCCUGACGGGAGCUAUCCUACAUCGAGGACGGAUUACUGCUACAACAUAGUGUUCCUAGCCGUGACGUAUGUGGCCCCUAUGUCGGUGAUGGUGUGGGCCUAUGCCCGGAUGAGUGCGGCGCUGCGAGGCCGGGCCAUUGGGGAGUGCACGCAUCAUCAGAUGCAGGUCGUCAGAGCCAAGCGAAAGGUGGUGCGGAUGUUUGUGCUAGUGGUGAUGGUAUUCGCGCUGUGCUGGUUGCCGUACCACGCGUACUUCGUGCUGGUGUACCAUCACCAGUCGCUGGCGUCGUCGCCACUCUCGCAGCACGUCUACCUUGCCUUCUACUGGCUCGCCAUGGCCAACUCCAUGUUCAAUCCUUUAAUAUACUACUGGAUGAGUAAUAAAUUCCGAAUCUACUUCAAAGUAGUUUUAUGUUGGUGUCGCUCAGCCAAGACGACGACUCCGAACGACUUGAAGAAGCAAUCAGAGCUCAACAAAUCGUUCUCUGCGAGCCAGAAGCACUUCGCCUCUUCGUUUAGCCGAGCAUGACAUUCGCGAAGGCGUAGCCCU